AUGUUACAACAGGAGGGAGGAGCAAGUGGAGCGGGCGGGGGAGGAGGCCCUGGGGAGGAAUUUCGUGCUCGCAGUAUAAACAACAACAACAACAAUAAUAAUCAGGGACAUCCAGGCCACUCGGUUCGCUCCAGGGAGCUGGCCUGGACGUCCGGCUCCCGGACGCCGCGACCGCUCGCCCCGCCCUGCGCAGCCCACAGCUUCUCGGGGGCCGGGGCCGGCGCCGGAGCCCAAAGCGCACGUGCAGCGCGAGGGGCCGGAGCAGCAGCCGCGAGCGUUCCGGGAGAAGGACUUACGGGCGGGGGCGGGGCCUGGUGGUCGCGCAGGCGCCUCCCCAACCCGGCCGCAGCGCGUCACCCGGCCGCCUCCCCCGGGAUCAGGGUCACCAAAACUCCCGCAGACCUUUUCCCCUGGGGCGACUGGGGGGGACCUGUUACCAGUAGUCACCACCCUGCCUUGACUGCCUCGGUGAAUCAGGUGCUAAUCAGAGCCUUGGUCUUCGCGGCUCCCCUGCUUGGGUUUUCUGAGGGCGACAGAUUUAGGCCCGGGUUGGGGGAUUCCUGUGGCCCUGCCCCACCCACGAAGACCGAGAAGGCUCACCCAGUGGGGAAAGAGAGCAUGGGACUGCAAAUUUUUGAAGAUCCUAUCCAGCAAUCAAUGACUACUUCCUUUUCCCUCCACUUCACUUGUGCUGUUGUUGUUUCCAAUAGUCAGGUGAACUUUCAAGAACAUAACCAGUUCAUAAUUUGGUGCUUUCCUACUGGGUAUUUACCCCAAAGAUACAGACGGAGUGAAGAGAAAGGCCAUAUGCACCCCGAUGUCCAUAGCAGCAUUGUCCACAAUAGCUAAAUUGUGGAAGCAGCUGAA